UACUUGGGGAGGCCAAAGUUGACCCACACUCUUAUGGUUCAAGAUUUCAACAUAACCUUAAUGGUGCCAACCAGACCAUUAAAUUCUAGACCAUGUAAAAAAGAUUAUAACAGCACUUGCACUCAACAGUGUCAAAGAGCAGCUUUCCAGCUCACAUGGAGUCGCAGAUAACCUCUUGCAAGAGACAUCCUUGUACACGACUCUAACUGGUCUCUGGUAGGAUGAUUUCUUCUUGUCUCCGUGCUCCUUCUCCGAAUCUCCUCCUUCUCUCUCUUCUAGUACUCCUUCCAUCACUAACUAUGGCCGAGUCCUGGAAUGGAUCUUCAUCGGUUAGUGCUCCUGCUGCGUGGAACGCCAGUAGACCUUACGACUACAAUCUACCUCGAGAUGGUUUUCAGGUGGGUAUCAAGAUCGUGCUUUACCGGCAAAACUCAGGGCCAAGUUUCUUUUAUGGCUUCACAUGCUACUCCGAUGGCCUCUGCGACUUUGGCCUGUUCAUUUUCCAACUGAUUGAGGACAUGAAAAGCGUCUCGCCAGUGAGCGUGUGGUCGGCUAACCAUGGUAAACUCAUGGAGGACACUGCUCAGCUGCUACUCACCGAGGAGGGCAAUUUAGUCUUACUGGGUAGCAAUGGAAACAAGAUUUGGUCCACGGAUACCGCCGAUAGGCGUAGGUCAGCCGCAGGGUUAAACUUGACCGAAGCUGGAAAUGUCGUGCUCUAUGACAGAAGCAACGCAAUCAUUUGGCAGUCUUUCAAUCACCCUGCAGAUUAUUUCCUUCCUGGACAGGUGCUACAUCCCGGAAUGAAACUUACGGCGACGUCACCCACGCCAGAUGGGAGGGCACCAGUCUACACAUUCGCUGUUGAGGAUCGUGUAGGCUUUGUGGCAUCUGUAACAACACGUGGUUCUCCCCAGACUUACUAUAAAACGAGUGAUGUAAGUAAAAUGACAAGCGACAUCGGACAGGUUGCAGCAUUUUACACGAAUGGAAGAUUCGGUGAGUUUGUUCUUCCCACCACGUCAUUGGCUCAGUUUAUAAGGCUGAGUUCUGACGGGCAUCUGUGGCUUUACGUUCACGAUGGGAACUAUAGCUUCAAUUUUAAGGAUGUUCUCACAGAUAUGAUUGGCUAUUGCGGUUAUCCACUGGUGUGUGGGACUUAUGGCAUUUGUUCAGAGGCGUCUAUGAGCCGUCAAUGUCUUUGUCCAAUUGAGACAGGAUACUUCAAAGAAAUUAAAGAGAGGCAACCGGAAAAAGGUUGCAAUGCUAGCACGUCCAUCUCUUGCGAUUCUCCAAAUCACACUUUUGCAGAAAUUAAAAAUAUCUACUACUUUGCUUUUUCUUGUGAUAUUCGUGCCGAUAUCCCAAACACGACCAUAGAGAUUUGCAAGGAAGCUUGUUUGAGUAAAGGGUGCUCAUGCACAAUGGUAUUAUUUCACAAUGAUACGACUUUCUCUGGUGGAGACUGUUAUUUGGUGUCAGAUUCCUUUUCGUUUAUGGAUAACACUUACACGGGCCGUACCCCUAAUGCCUUAGCGUUGAUUAAAGUAGACAAUGCUUCCAGAAAUCUGAUGUCACCGCCUACAAGAAGGGGAAGGGGACGAACUAGGAUCAUACUUGGGACUACUGUUGCAGUCGUCUUGAUGUUUUUGGUUGGCACAUUUGGCAUUUUUGCCCGAUGUAAGGUAAAAGCAGAUGAUGUUGAGGAUGAUGAUUCAGACUUACCGAGGCUGCAAAUAACUCGAUUCUGUUAUGAGGACCUGAAGGCCAUGACAGGAGAUUUCACCGUCAAGCUAGGGGAAGGAGGAUUUGGCUCGGUGUUUUUAGGAACUUUACCCAACGGCAUUAGGAUUGCAGUUAAGCGCCUUGAUGGUUUUGGUCAAAUAAAGAAAUCAUUCUUGGUGGAGGCUGAAACCAUUGGCAUUAUCAAUCAUGUCAAUCUGGUAAGACUACUUGGAUUUUGUGCUGAAAAAUCACUUAGGCUUUUAGUGUAUGAGUACAUGUGCAAUGGUUCUCUUGAUAAGUGGAUCUUCCAUAAAGUUGAAGAGUUUGACAUCUGUUGGCAAGUAAGAAGAAAGAUUAUCCUCAACAUUGCCAAAGGACUAGCCUAUCUCCAUGAGGAAUGCCAUCAAAAAAUAAUUCACUUAGACAUCAAACCCCAAAAUAUACUACUGGAUGAACAUUUCAAUGCGAAGCUUGCUGAUUUUGGGUUGUCGAAGCUUAUUGGUAAGGACGAAAGCCAUGUCAUGACGACCAUGCGAGGAACACCAGGUUACUUGGCUCCGGAAUGGCUAAACUCUGUUAUCACGGAAAAGGUAGACGUGUACAGUUUUGGCAUUGUGACGUUAGAAAUCCUAUGUGGGAGGAAAAAUGUGGACCGAUCUUUGCAGAGUGAUGAAGUGCAUAUGUUGACCCUUUUCAAGUGCAAAGCAGAACAAGAACAACUACUGGACAUGGUUGAUAAGUCUAGUGGUGACAUGCAACUACACGGCCAAGAAAUUGUCAAGAUAAUGAAAAUCGCAGCAUGGUGUUUGCAAGAUGAUUAUAGUAAGAGGCCUUCCAUGUCUACAGUGGUUAAAUGCUUGGAGGGCCUAGUUAGUAUAGACAGCUCAAGUUAUAGCUUCUCUGUUCCUUCUAGUCACAGCGAGCAGAUUGUUGACGAAGUUACUCAGCUAUCAGCCUUGCAAUUAUCAGGUCCUAGGUGAAGAAGUCCAAUUUCUAACGUAAGUUCUGACGCUUCGAUGGUUUGACUCCUUUGAUAGUGCUGAGAUUCUCAGUUCAUCCAGAUUACAGCGAUUACAUUGUGGAUCAAUUUACCAAGCUAGCCUCGCGAUCAUCACAUCCUAGGUGAACAGAACUUGUUUUACUCAUAAGUUCCUAGGCAUUAAUUCUUUAAGAGCUCUCACUGCAUUAUUAAACCUUGGUAUGAAGUCUUCGUGCAAGAUAAUGAUAUGAAUGGGGUAAAUGAGUUUCAUUAGGGGCUGACAUAAUCUCAAAGGACAAGAGGAUGAUGAACGAUGGUCAAAGGCAGCAUUUAAAUGGGAUAUCAUGCAUUGGUUUGUUGUUCUUGAGCAAACACUGAGCCACUAACAAGUCUAAUUUAAGGUAUUUUAAGAUGCUUGUCAACCUGUGCAAUCUCCCAUUCAGAUCAGCUUCACUGAAGCUUUGUGAAAAUGUCUUGGUCACUUGCUUCUGGUCGAGUCCUGGUUUCUCAGGUUCGCCAUUUCACUCAAGCAAGGCUCCUUCUGCUUCUGAUACGAAGACAGGCAACUAGUAAUGCUAACAAGCGAUUAGCAAUGCUGGACAUCUCCAUCUCAUGAGAUGGACUCCCGAUGGGAUUUAACCGUUUUGCCGUAUUUUCCAAGAUGUUAACAUGCAGAGGGCCACUGUAAGCUUCAUCAUUUCGAGCAUUUGGCGUUUUCAUUUCCACCAUUUUCUUGUACUCUGCCUUCUCAUUUGGCUCAUUGUGGGAUUUCUAUUGCUGUAACAUGCGAACGCAUUAGGUGUCAUUCAUAGUGGAAGUCAUUUCUUUGUUUUAGCA